AUGAAGACCUCUGGUGUUCUCGUCACCGUUUUGGCGGUGACCACCACCACCAAUGCCUGGGGCUGGAACUACUACGGAAAUCCCGGCUACAACCAAGGUGGCAACCCCGGCUACAACCAGCGUGUUUCUUCCGGCUCGUCAUCCUCGUCCUCGUCCUCGUCGUCCUCUAGCUCCAGCGGCGGCUCUUCGUCUUCGUCUUCAUCUUCGUCCUCUUCCAGCUCUGGCGGCGGUUCUUCCUCCAGCUCCAGCUCGUCUUCUAGCUCGUCUUCCAGCGGCGGCUCGUCUUCGUCUUCCUCCUCAUCCUCUUCUUCCUCGUCCUCCGGCGGCGGCCAAAACGACGGCUGGUCCUGGGAGAUGGAAUACCAGAUGUCGCAGAACUACCACGUCAACUCGCGCCAGUCCACCGAUGUGAUUGGUGACCUCUACAACAUGUCUGACAAGGACAUGUCUUCCGUCGGCAAGACCGUCAAGCUCAUCCUCAACGGUGACCGCAACGGCCAGCCCCAGGACACCGUUACCCACUACGACUCGUGCCCCUCCAAGGGCACUCCCGAGUGUGCCAAGGACACCUGCUGCAUCUGGAAGUACAUUGCCGAUGAGAUGAAGGAGGCCAUGACCGGCACUGCUGGCCGGUGCAACGGCCUUGCCCGUGGCGCCAUCCGCCUCGGCUUCCACGAUGCCGGCACAUACUCCAAGAAGCUCAACGCCGGUGGUGCCGACGGCUCCAUUGUCACCUUUGGCGAAUGCGAGAUGCGCUCCAUCAACAAGGGUCUCGAGGAGAUCUGCCACCAGACCCGCGUCUGGUUCGACAAGUACAAGGACUUCGGCAUCUCCAUGGCCGAUCUGAUCCAGAUGGGCGCCAACGUUGCUACCGUUGUCUGCCCUCUCGGCCCCCGCGUCCGCUCCUUCGUUGGCCGCAAGGACGCCACCACCGAAUCCCCCGUCGACACCAUGCCCAUCCACACCUGGUCUGCCGACCAGCUCAUCACGCUCUUUGAGGACAAGACCAUCUCUGCCCAGGGCCUCGUCGCUCUCGUCGGCGCUCACACCACCUCCCAGCAGCGCUACGCCUACCCCGACAAGGCCCUCUGGCCCCAGGACAGCACCCCUGGUGUCUGGGACGUUCUCUUUUACGGUGAAACUCUGAACCCCAACGCCCCCUCGCGCAUUCUCAAGUUCCCCUCCGACGUCCAUCUGUCCGAGGACUCGCGCUCCAAGAACGUCUUCUCCUUCUACGCCGACCAGCGCUGGGGCCAUGCUCUCUGGAACGAGGGCUACGCUCGCGAGUACGUCCGUCUCUCUCUCCUCGGUGUCAACAACAUCAACUCCUUGACCGACUGCACCAAGGUCCUCCCCGGAUGGUCUGGCAACACCUGGUCCAACCCGGACCAGAAGUACAUGGACGAGUACAUGCAGGGCAAGGGCAACCGCGACUACGCUUCCUCUCCUCUCCGCUACGGUGACAAGAUCCCCGGCUACUAA